UCUUUCUACGACCAGUACGUGUGUGUGUGUGUGUUUGUGAAAAAGGAAAAAUUACGAUAUUUUCUUUUGUUAGAAGUUAAACAAGAAAAAAACAUAUUUGCAAUAGAAUUUUUGUAAAUUUAUAUUAAAAAAAUAAAGCAUUAUCAAUGAAAUUAAUAACACGUAGUUAAUGUAUUUUUCUGCUAAAAAACGAAAAGAAAAUGAAUUUGUGCAACAAAUGUAAAAGUUGAAGACGGCCAGUGAGUGAAAAAAUCUGUGCAAAAAAAGAAAAAAAUAUUAAGGAAACGAAGACAAGAAAAUAAGUGUAUGUAAAAGGCAGUUGCUGAGGCAAACAACAGUUGUAGGAAACGACAGAAAAAAUAAAAAAAUACAGGGGCGACGACAACUUCAAGAAAAUAAUACUGUCGUUACAAGACGACAAAACAUCAUAAAUAAUAAAAAUACAUCCAAACAACACCACGGACAAAGGAUUUCUAAAUAAAAUGGCACUAGUGACAGUACAACGCUCGCCAAGUGUCACUGGUUCACCACAAUGUUCCAAUUCGGAUAGCGAAGCUGACGAAGAUGAGGGUAGCAAAAAUGAAAAGAGCGAAUGUUUCUUUGCUGGCAAAGGUACCGCAUUAGUAUUAGCGCUCAAAGAUAUUCCACAACAUGCCGAACGUCGAUUGAGCACCGACUCAAUAAGAUCAACAAAUAGCACACAAAGUAACAAUUCCGAUAUACAACAACAUUUGCAAUCUAUGUUUUAUUUGAUUAGACAUGAGGAAACAUUGAAAAUGGCUGUUAAACUGGAAUCACAACGUGCUAAUCGCACACGUUAUUUAGUAAUUGCAUCUCGUUGUUGUUAUCGUUCUACAACCACCGAAAGGCGUAGUAAAAUUAUGCGUCAUAAUUCAGCUAGAGUUGCGUCAUCAUCUUCAUCAUCAACAAUGUCAUCAGCUGCUGCUGGUGUGGGCAAUAAUGCUGUCCCACCAACAAUGGGCACAGCACGUCAGUUAUCGGUUGAUAGUAAUCGACCAUCUUCGCAGCAUUUGCAACAGCUUCAGCAGCAACUUCAACAAAUCGAUGAUAAUUGGGUGGAAUUACGAGAGAAAAGGUUUUCAUCAAAUUCCUCCUCUGCCUCGAAUCGUCAAAGUCUUAAAUGUGAUGCAUCAGAUAAAACUAGUGCUUCGGGAGAUAGUAGCAAAAAUAGCACCGCCACAAUAACACAAACAACUGCCAAUUCUUACACUAUGACUGGAUCCUCUACUACUACUUCUACUACUAACUCAAACACGGCCGCCAAUGCUAGUAGUCAAGAUUGUGUGGGCGUUGAGGAGUCUUGUCUGCUCGGUAUUGAUUGUAAUGAACGCACAACAAUUGGUUUGGUUGUGCCAAUAUUAGCUGAUACUACCAUACAUUUGGAUGGUGAUGGAGGUUUUAGUGUGUCAGUUUAUGGCAAGACUCAUAUUUUUAAGCCAGUUUCUGUACAAGCAAUGUGGUCUGCAUUGCAAACUCUACAUAAAGUAUCUCAAAAGGCUCGUGAGAAUAAUUUCUAUCCGGGCGGUCCCUCACAUGAUUGGCUGUCAUAUUAUGAAAGUCGCAUAGAAUCAGAGCAAUCAUGCCUCAAUGAAUGGAAUGCCAUGGAUUCAAUAGAAAGUCGCCGACCACCUUCACCAGAUGCCAUACGUAAUAAACCUACUGCUAAAGAAGAAACCGAAAGUGUGAUUAAAAUGAAACUGAAAGAAAUUAUGAUGUCAGUUGAUUUGGAUGAGGUCACUUCAAAAUACAUACGCAGUCGUUUGGAAGAACAUUUAGAUAUGGAUUUGGGUGAAUACAAAUCGUUUAUUGAUGAAGAAAUGUUAAUGAUAUUAGGUCAAAUGGAUGCACCCACCGAAAUAUUUGAUCAUGUUUAUUUAGGCUCAGAAUGGAAUGCUAGCAAUUUGGAGGAGUUACAAAAAAAUGGUGUACGCCAUAUUUUAAAUGUAACCCGCGAAAUUGAUAAUUUCUUUCCGGGCAUGUUUGACUAUUUAAAUGUGCGUGUUUAUGACGAUGAAAAGACCAAUUUACUUAAACAUUGGGACAACACAUAUCGGUAUAUAACAAGAGCUAAAGCCGAAGGUUCUAAAGUAUUGGUCCAUUGUAAGAUGGGUGUAAGUCGCUCGGCCUCUGUGGUUAUAGCGUAUGCCAUGAAAGCCUACAAUUGGGAAUUCCAAAAGGCUUUACAGCACGUCAAGCAACGGCGUAACUGCAUUAAGCCCAAUAAGAAUUUUCUCAAUCAACUGGAAACGUAUCGGGGAAUGUUAGAUGCCAUGAAAAAUAAAGAAAAACUGCAGCGCAGUAAAAGUGAGACAAAUUUAAAGAGCACAAAAGAUGCCCGCCUAUUGCCGGGAAGCGAACCCACGCCUUUAAUACAGGCUCUAAAUCAAUCGAAAUCAAAAUCGGGCGGAGACAGCACCGAUGUUGUAUCCGUGGUUAGUGCGGCAUCGAUUGAUGUGCCGGAUGUGGGAACGUUGUCUCGGCCAACAGCACGUAGUGAUCAUAAGCAUAGACGAUAUGGAAGAAGAUCGAGCAGUACCUCGCCGCGUACCAUACAGUCACCGAUGGCCACUACAAUCGUGAUGAAGCAGCAGUCACAAAGUUUAGAGAAUUUAACACCCGACCGUAGCAUAGCAGAUGAACCAAAAAAUAUGCGUUUUCCCGGUAGUAAUGGCGAGAACUAUAGUGUUACACAAAAUCAAGUUCUACAUAUACAGAAACAUACUCCACCUUUAAAUACUUCAAUGUUUCUGGCGUCAUUGGCCCGCAGAGAUGAGCAAAAAAUGCAAACGUCUCCUUCAGCGACCACAUCAGUUCGUACAAUAGUGUAUGAUUUGGAAAAUCAUCAAACACAAGACGCGACCCGUAAAGUUGUAGAGGACCGUAAGACGAUAAAUUUGCCAUUUGAAAAAACUGCCGAGGAAGAAGAGGAUGUUGCUGUUGAUAACAGUGUAAACAAUUCGGGAGCAGACAUUGGUGGUGGAAGAGAAAAAGUGGGUAGUCCUGUGUGGACUUCGUCGGCCAAGCUGAUUACACAAACAUCAAAUAUUGUAGCUACAAGUAUACCGCCGUUUAAUCGAGAAGAGGCCAUACAAAAACGUCAACAUAAUCGCAAGACCCAAUCAUGGGCUGCUACUAGUGGAGGCAUUAUAAUGGAUGCCAGUUGCCGGGGUUCGAAUAGCAGUAUUGAUUCCAUUUCAACUCAGGCAUCAGCACCCACCUCGGUAGCAUCCUAUGAAGGUAUAGUGCGUACACGUUCCCGCCAAAGAGAAUUGCCCUCUCGUCAUGCCUCCUGGGGUUCUGGGGACACUCGUUGUGGCAUGCCCAUGCGCAACAGCUCCUGGGGAGCUUUCGACACCAACCGCAAUAGUUGCCAGUAUAAUUUUAGCCAGCAUACAAAUGCUAAUGCCAUUUUUGAAGGUCAAAUUCAUGAACUUAACACGAGUAAUAAGACUGCUUCAACCACUCAUUCUCAACACCACCAACAUCACUUCGGUACAGUUAAACGGACCAAACAGAAACUCGAAGAGUGUACGGCUCUCAAAAAACUCUGCCAAGAAAACGGUAGUGAAGGGGAGGACACAAAUACAGAGCAGUCGUCGACGACGACAGGAGAUGAAAAUUUGGAAAGUCAUCACAACACCAAACGAGGAACCAAUUUGUUUCGUUCAGCAUCAGCUGCUUCUGGAACACGAACACGUUUUGCUCAAAGAUGUAACAGUGAGGAAAUUGUACCCAGUGGUGGGGCUCAAUUAGGCGCUGGCCGACGUAGUGAUGGUAGUCGUCCCAUAAAUACAGAUAUAUUUUCAGCUUCGGCUCCGGAACCUUAUACCAUGUCCGAUAUUGAGAACAAAAACACCCUAAUGGGUAGUGACGAGGAAAAUGUUGUUCUAAGGCCAUCUGUAACUGGGCAACACAUUUCAUGUGCCGACGAUCAACGCAUAUCGGGUAAUGUGCAAAUUUUAAAGAAAAGCUUCGAGGCCAAAGCUGGCAGUGUGGGAGCCGUUGCACAGGGCCAAGUACAAACUACAAGCACUACGGCCCUGGUAAAUACUAUACCAUGCAAUAAACCGGUCAAGGGACAUCAUUCGUUGCCAUCAUCGCCAGUUGCUCAGCAUGUAGAACAUCAGACAACACAACAAGCGACUAAACCCUUUUUAGAACAAACUACUAACACAACUCUAAUGACUACAUCGGCCUCUGAAAGUGAUCGUAAUGUUAAGGGUUUAGUUCACAAAUAUCAGACAUCAGCGUCAUCAACUCCCACAACGCUUACGACGGCGGCUGUUGCAAAAAACUCAAAUCCUACACCUCCCGUCGCAGCAACAAACCCCUCCACGUCCUCCUCUACAAACGCAGUUACUACCAUGGCGACAUUUAAACCCCGACCCAGAUCGAGCUAUGAACCACAAAGGUCUUUAUCAGGGAAACCACAUGAAUUUAAUGAAAGUCGACCACCACCCGCACCUCAGAAGUCAGCGACUGCCGGCCAUCAUCAUCACCAGCAUCACAUAAACGAGGGUAUUCUAACGCAACAGCAGCACCAACAGCCUCCGCAGCAAAGGCGUUUGCAACAACAUGGAAAAACUCAUCCACUCGCUAGGCUAAGUUUACCAAAGCAAAGCUUCAAUACAGCCGCUUAUAAUACCAUAUUUUUUCGCAUGUUACGCUCGGUCAAGUAUACUAUUGAUUACAACAACAUCAUAUGCUAUUACAACAACAACAAUAACACCCAAUAAUUUUUAAUACAUAUUUUAAUUAUUUAAAUUGCUUACACCAAAAAAAAAAAAAA